AUGUUAGGGGAGGUAAGGGCAGAUGUAUUUGGGCUCAAUGGAGAUAGUGCAGGUGGCCCAGAUGGAUUCACAGGGAAAUUUUAUCAGUCAUGUUGGGAUAUUAUAGGAGAUGACCUGUUUGACAUGGUGAGAGCAUUCUUUAAUGGGCAUGAAUUGCCAAAAUGUGUGACCCAUACUAACCUUGUGCUGCUUCCAAAGAAAAAAGAAGUUUGCACCUUCUCAGAUCUUAGACCAAUCAGCCUCAGUAACUUUACUAAUAAGGUAGUGUCAAGGGUUAUCCAUGAAAGGCUUGUGGGGCUGCUACCUAAUUUGAUAUCUGAAGAACAAGCUGGUUUUGUUAAAGGGAGGAGCAUUGUAGAAAAUAUUCUGUUAACUCAAGAGAUUGUCAUUGAUAUGAGACUAAGAAUUAAGGCAUGUCCAAAUGUUGUAUUGAAGCUGGAUAUGACCAAAGCUUAUGAUAGGCUUUCUUGGUUGUUCUUGACUAAGGUUCUGAGAAAGAUGGGCUUCUCUGAAAGAUUUAUUGGCAUGGUUUUUGGCAUAGUUUCAAAUAACUGGUACUCAGUGCUGAUAAAUGCUGCUGAAGCACUAUCAAGGGUUCUUAAUGCUCUGCAUCUGAAUUUGCAUUUCUGUGGAUAUGGUUUACCUAAAUGGAGCCCAAAGAUAAAUCAUCUUGCAUAUGCAGAUGAUACAAUUAUUUUCUCCUCAUCAGAUGACACCUCCCUUAGGCACAUAAUGGAGGUACUUGCAGCGAAUGAAGAAGCAUCUGUACAGCUAGUCAAUAAGGCAAAGUCAGUUGUGUAUCUCCAUCAUUUGACUGAUAGUGAAGUAGUAGAGAAGGUAGAGAGAGUUACAGGAAUUAAAAGGCAGGAAUUCCCAAUUGUGUAUUUAAGAUGCCCUAUUUUUUAUUCAAGAAGGAAAAUGGAAUAUUAUCAGCCAAUGAUUACUAAGGUAUUGGACAGAUUACAAUCAUGGAAAGGCAAGCUAUUGUCUAUUGGGGGAAGGGCAAUUCUCAUUGCCCAUGUGCUUCAGAGUAUGCCAAUUCAUUUGUUAUCUGCAGUCAAUCCACCUGCAUAUGUGAUUAAUACACUUCACAAGAUUUUUGCUCAAUUUUUCUGGAGUAGUUCAGUGACAGGUAACAACGGGCAUUGGGCAUCAUGGAGUACCUUAUGUAUGCCACAGAAAGAAGGGGGUAUUGGUUUUAGGUCCCUUCAUGAUGUAGAAAAAGCUCUGUUCUGCAAAUUAUGGUGGAAAUAUAGAACAAAACCUAGUCUGUGGAGCUCAUUUAUGAGUCAAAAGUAUUGCAAAAAGAUGAAUUCAAUGGUAGUGCUAUGGAGAAAAGGAUCAUAUGUUUGGAGAAAUAUGUUGGAGUGCAGAGACCUUGUUGAACACCUGAUCAUUUGGCAACCAAGGAUGGGUUCUUCUUUGUUCUGGUAUGACAACUGGACAGGCUUAAGGGCUUUGUAUUUUUUGAUUCCUCAAAAUUUUGGAGUUGAUGAAUCAGUCCGUAAUGUGUGGGAUGUGGUGGAUAGAGGAGAAUGGAAUACACAAAGGCUUUAUGAAAUAUUACCUGAAGAAUUUGCAGAACACAUCAUAGUAAAUCUUCAGCCACCUGCAGCUCAAGGAGUCUUGGAUGUACCUGUUUGGAGUUUGGAAUCAAAGGGUCAGUUCAGUGUUAGAACAGCAUGGGAGUAUGUGAGGAACAGAGUUGAACCAAUGUCAGCUUAUAAGAAAAUUUGGGUGAAAGGUCUGCCAUUUAAGAUAGUUUUUUUCAUGUGCAAAGUAUGGAGGAACAAGCUGCCAUUGGAUGAGUUUUUCAGAAGACUUGGCUAUCAGAUGGCAUCUAAGUGCUGGUGUUGUGCAGAUCCUUUGGAGGAAACAACACAACACUUACUUUUUACAUCAUAUGUUGCAAACAAAGUAUGGAGUAUUACCUUAGGCAUGCUGAUCUCUUCUACUCUGCAGUCAUUGAUUAAAGUAAGGAAGCCAGGAAUUAGUCAGGUUUCUCAUAGGUGGCCAGAUAUGUUGAAGAUGAUGGAGCAGUUCACACCAAAUCUCAGGUAUACAAAGGUGAAUUGGGAUUUUCCAGAACAAGGUUGGGUGAAAGUCAACACAGAUGGAGCUUCAAGAGGUAAUCCGGGAAGGAGUUCAAUUGGUUUUGUCCUUAGAAAUGAGGAGGGUGAUGUCCUGUAUGCAUGUGGCAAGGAGAUCCAAGAGGGCACAAAUUCAAUUGCUGAAGCUAAAGCUAUCUCUGAGGCUUUGAAAUUUUGUGUACAGCAUGACUAUGUCUUGAUUGACUUGCACACAGACUCUAUGGUGCUGCAGAAAGUGAUUACAGGAGAAUGGAAGCCCCCUUGGGUCUUGGGAAGUCUGGUAGAGGAGAUUAUGGAUUUGAUGAAGAGGGCUAAUGUUAAGAUAUCUCAUACACUCAGAGAAGGAAACAAGUUAGCAGAUCACAUUGCAAAUUAUGCCCUGGACAAUGGCCUGUUGGAGUGUUACGGAUUUGAAGAUUUGGAUGUUCAGGGGAGAAAGUUGGUGAACUCUGAUAAAUUACAAUGUACAAAUGUUGCAGCUAUGUUUUGGAUCUUGAGGGAACUUUUUAUGGUGGUAUUAGUGCUUUGCACUCAGCCCAGAGAAGGAAACUCAAAUCCAAACAUAGCUACAGAAGAAAAUCAGAAAUUUCUGAUGUCACUGAUGGUUUUCAGCAAAUCUAAGGUCACAACAGGAGCUUUAAAGCCCAGAAUGUCUAAUCAAAAUGGGCUACCUGAUCUUGGCUAUGUCAGCAACAGGGGGGCAUUUUCAGGGAUAGGGAGUAAUAUGGGAGUUUUGGGGUUGGAAGGAAGGGGUCUAAUCUGGGGAUCCACAGCAAGAGAGGGAGUAGUAGACACACAUUGA